AUGGCUCUGACUGUCAGAGAGAGGAGGCUCCCCCAGCUGCACAUCUCCCUCGACGUGCCCUCGUGCGCGUUCCGGCACCCCAAUCCACCGGUGGCGGCGGCGGCGUCGACGUCCGGGUCGCGUGCUGACGGAGAGUUCCGGCUCUCGGACUUCGAAAGGCUCGCCGUGCUGGGGCGCGGGAACGGGGGAACGGUGUACAAGGUCGCCCACCGCCGGACGUCGGCGCUGUACGCGCUCAAGGUGCUGCACCGCGGCGACCCGGGGGCCGCGGCGGAGGUGGACGCCCUGCGGCGCGCCGACUGCUCGCCGCACGUCGUGCGGUGCCACUCCGUGCUCCCGGCGGCGGCGGCCUCCGGCGACGUCGCGCUCCUGCUCGAGCUGGUGGACGGCGGCUCGCUGGACGCCGUCGUGGCCCGGUGCGGGGCGUUCCCGGAGCUCGCGCUCGCGGAGGUCGCGGCGCAGGCGCUGUCCGGCCUGGCGCACCUCCACGCGCGCCGCGUCGUCCACCGCGACGUCAAGCCGGCGAACCUCCUCGUCAGCGCGGCCGGGGAGGUCAAGAUCGCCGACUUCGGCAUCGCCAAGGUCCUCUCCCGCGCCGGCGACCACUGCGCCGCCUACGAGGGUACCGCCACGUACAUGAGCCCCGAACGGUUCGACACGGAGCGCCACGGCCACGCCGACCCCUGCACCGCCGACGUCUGGAGCCUAGGCGUGACCAUCCUCGAGCUCCUCAUGGGCCGGUACCCGCUCCUCCCCGCCGGGCAGAAGCCGAGCUGGGCGGCACUGAUGUGCACCAUCUGCUUCGGCGAGCUGCCUUCGCUGCCGGACGGCGCGGCGUCGCCGGAGCUCCGGGCGUUCGUAGCCGCGUGCCUGCAGAAGGACUACACGAAACGGGCGUCGGUGGCGCAGCUUCUUGCGCACCCGUUCGUCGCCGGAAGGGACAUCGUGGCCUCGAAAGACGCGCUCCGGCGGAUGGUCGCCGAAGCCUGA